UUUUCUUUUUAAUAGCUGCUGUCGAAUAACCCAGGCUAAAUCCUGUCGGGAAGGACACACGCUGACAGUCUCCACUGACUGUUUAUUUCCUUCAGCUGCAGCUUUUCGGUGACUUGUGUUAUUCCACAUACAGUAGCAGGUGAAUGUAGCAAUGCAUGAAAAACAUGUCUCACAAAGACGAUAGUGAAGGGAAAAGGAGCUCUCACCACACUGAAUUGUACGCCAGUGUCCCUCGAACAUGCCUGCCCAUCGUGUACCACCCAGACUACAACAUCACCUUCAUGGGCCUUGAAAAGCUCCAUCCAUUUGAUGCUGGGAAGUGGGGGAAAGUCAUUUGCUUCUUGAAAGAGGAGCACUUCAUCAAUGAUGGGAACAUAGUGGGAGCCCUUGAAGCUACUGAGGAGGAUCUGCUGGUGGUUCACACCAAACACUACCUCAACAGAUUAAAGUGGUCUCUGGUGGUGGCAACUAUCACAGAAAUCCCACCUCUCCUGUUUCUGCCUAAUUUCCUGGUGCAGCGGAAGGUGUUGAAGCCUUUGCGGACACAGACAGGAGGAACAAUAAUGGCAGGAAAAUUAGCUGUUGAACGAGGGUGGGCCGUAAAUGUAGGAGGAGGCUUCCACCACUGCUCCAGUGACAGGGGAGGGGGCUUUUGUGCCUACGCGGACAUCACUCUGGCCAUCAAAUUUCUGUUCGAGAGAGUGGAAGGCAUCUCCAGGGCUACCAUCAUCGAUCUGGAUGCUCAUCAGGGAAAUGGACACGAACGCGACUUCAUGGAUGACAGGCGAGUGUUCAUCAUGGAUAUGUAUAAUCGCUACAUAUAUCCUGGGGAUGGAUACGCAAAAAGAGCCAUAAAGAGGAAGGUAGAGCUGGACUGGGGCACUGAAGACUCUGAGUAUCUUCAGAAAGUAGAGCUCCACUCCGAGGGAGCUCUGAAUGAGGUCCGACCUGACAUCAUUGUCUAUAAUGCAGGGACAGACAUCUUGGAUGGGGACCCACUUGGAGGACUCUCCAUAUCACCACAGGGCAUUGUAAAGAGAGAUGAGAUUGUGUUCAGGGCUGCAAGGAGACGGGGCAUCCCUAUACUCAUGGUAACAUCUGGGGGAUACCAGAAAAAAACAGCCCGCAUCAUCGCCGACUCCAUUCUCAACUUACACCAGCAGGGCCUGAUUGGAGCAGAGGCUCUGGAGGGGGAGGGGUCAUCAUCUCUGGUGACCAGUAUGAUGUGCAGCUCUGGACCUGCAGGAUCAACAUUCACUGCUGUCUGAGGGGCAUUAACACUCACAGGUGUGGCCUCCACAGCUGUGACAUAUGAUGGCAGUGAAUUAACUUUAUAUUGUGCAGUGAUUGUGUGAAAGCAGCAAUGAUAUUGUGAGGAAUGUUUGUUAUUUUGUUUGUGUG